UCCGCGACGGGGUGGGAAAGCCGUCAUGACGUCAUAUGUGUGCGACAGAACUAUGUUAGCAUGUUAGCAGGUUUUAGUCAGGGUUUGCUGGAGUAUGGCGCUAUUUCCAGCGUUUGGAGAAGUGACAGACUCUGAGAUCUCCAACCCCACAGAUCUAGAAUGGCUCAAGAAUCACAGUUUCAGCAGCGUGGGUGCUUUGUCUCUACACCAACGCACUAUCCAGAGAGACACCGUGGAGACACCUGCUUCUCACCACACACACACCAGUGAGCACAAAUCUGAUGAAGAUGAUGACACCAGAUCAAAGAAGAGAAGAAAGAAAGAGAAGAAGAAAAAGAGAAACAAGCAGAAGAAGCGCAACAGAGAUGAUUUGCAGAGCAGUGACUCAGACACGGUUUACCCCAGUGACCUUCUGAACCAAGAUGUGGAGCCACCACAGAGACAGGAGGACUUGGUUAAUGCGGGUGGAGUUUUGUGGCUUGAUGAUCUUCAGUGUCCCAGUGAGAAGCUCUUCUACAUUGACAGAAAGUCUGACCACGCCAACUGGGAAUACAGAUCACUGUACAGGGCUCACAUCGCCAGAUAUAGGAGGAAGGGCAGCUCUGCUCUCGGGUUAGACAGCAGGACUCAGGGCCUGUGUUGGGAAGACUCUGCUCCAGACAGGAAGCGGAAAGAAAAGAGAGACGAGCGUUACUUCUCUCCCUCCAAUCGACGUCUUCUCAGCUCCGAAGCUCCACCUACUCCCUCAGCCCCUCCUACUGAUUCCACCCCAACUAUUGAUACUGGUUCAUUUAUCCCCCUCCCCCCUUGUAGGGAGGAAUCUGACUCCACCCCCCAAACCGCCACUAGCACCGAUUCGCUCCGAGUGUAUGACCCUGCAACCUCACUGUGGAUGGAUGGUAAAGGUCAGCCAGAGGUCAAAAUUCAGGUUCAGCCACCUCGAUCGAACAUGUUAAUGUCACGAGUGGAGGAGUUUAACCGGAAACUGAGGGAAAACCCCACUGAUGUAAACAUGUGGCUGGAGUUUAUACAGUUUCAGGACGAGGCAGCCGGCUCUCUCUCAGGGCAGGGGGCGGAGACUGAGCGUGCUCUGUGCGACAGGAAGUUGAGUGUGGUGGAGAAGGCGCUGCAGUGGAACCCUGCCAGUGUGGAGCUUAAGCUCCACAGACUCACACUGGGCAAAGGAUUGUGGGAUGGUGCAACACAGCUGAAGGAGUGGAAAAAGGUGGUGUUCAUUCACCCGAAUAGCGCCCCCUUGUGGAAGCGCUACAUCCUGUUCACACAGAGCCAGUACAGCUCUUUCUCUGUUCCCAUGGUGACCGGGGUGUACAGGAAGUGUCUGAGCACACUCAGUGCCGUGCAGGAUGGACAGCUGAUGUCUCAUCCACUGCUUCCGGGGACAGAACACCACCUACUUGAUGUGUUUGUGCAUCAGUGCCACUUCCUGCGUCAGGCGGGUCAGUCAGAGAAAGCUCUCAGUCUUUUUCAAGCUCUGAUUGAAUUCACCUUCUUCAAACCUGACAAUGUCAAAGACCUUACUACCAAACAGCAGGUGGAAUUCUUUGAGACAUUUUGGGACAGUGGGGAGCCGAGGGUGGGGGAGUGUGGGGCCAGAGGGUGGAAAACCUGGAUGAAGCAGCAGGAGAGAGGAGGAUGGAUUCAAACACCUGAUGCCGAGGAUGAUGAUGAAGUUGAUGAUGAAGAUGAGAUUAAAGAUAAAACCCAGCCCAGGUGGAGAAUCUGGCUCGAUGUGGAGUCAUGGCGGGAAGCCAACCACUGGUUACCAUGGAGACCAGACAAAUCUAAGGGCCAAUCAGAGGAGGAGUGUGAGGAUCCCGAUAGACAGGUGUUGUUUGAUGACAUUGGACCGUCUCUGAUCCGAGUCGAUUUGCCAGAACUGCGCCUACGUCUCCUGUUAUCUUUCCUUCACUUCCUUGGAAUGCCCAUUGGCUCCAUCUCUUCUUCAUCCAACCUUAUUCAGGAUGACUCCACCCUCCUGGAUGACUCUACCCUGUUGGAUGAGACUCUUGACCCUGAGAGACCUUUGACCUCCCAUGACCUCCUAAUGACUGGAGUCAGUGCUGUAGGUCACAUGAUUUGUCAGUGUGACUCUAGGAGAAUGAGGGUGGGGCUUUGUAAACAGGGGGAGGAGUUUGUCAGGAAUGUUCUGGAAAAGAUUCUCCCAUUGUUUCCACCUCAGGACAGAGCAGAAGUGACGCUCUGCUGGAUGCAGUAUGAAAAACUCAAGGUGCUGCAGUGUGUGCGUAGUGGCAGUAAGAAGUGUACUAGGGCACAGGGGAAGAGCAGUAAGCGUUUGUUGAAGCGUAUACUGAAGCAGCAGGAGAACCGCAGCUCCCUCAAGCUGUGGCGUGAAUUUGGUCAUGUCGAGUGGUUAUUGGGGAACACUGAUGAAGCACGCAGAGUUUUUGACUCCGCCCUCUCGUUAGGCGGGGCCACAGGUCUACGUGACUCAUCCCUCUGCAACCUCUGUCUGCUGUAUGCGCAAUUAGAACUGGAGCUUACGUGUGUGGGCGGGGCUGAGAAUGCAAAAACCACACCCACUUCUGCCACUUCUUCACGGGCAGUGUACAUCCUGACUAAAUUAGCAGAGGGCGCCACCUACUGUCCUUUCACAGGAGAGAUUAGUGCCGUAGUCAUAUUGAAGGCACGCAAAGCAUACGAGCAUGCCGUAUCGGAGGGCGGGGCAUACGAGCAAUCCUGGGCUUUAAUUGGCUGUGCUGGACUGUUCCAGUAUUUGACAGUGGGGAUCGACGCGGCCGAUACGGUGUUCACUCGGGCCAGAGAGAACAUCACGUGCGCUCAACAACUGGAGGCCGUGUGUGUCCUGCACGCAGCACUGUUGCAUCAUCACUCGAGCAUCAGAGCGUUCCCUCUGCGGCGCGUAAGAUCAGCGCUGUGUGACGCGCUCACCCUCAUACCCCACAGCGCCCCACUGUGGAAGCUCCACCUACAGGUUGACACUCGCUACUACAAUGCAGCCAGCACCCGGCGAUUCCUACACUCAGUCUCCAAGGGCAACCCCAGCAUCCUGCCCCGCCUCUUUACCCUAACCACUGAGCAGCAGAGGAAGAAACGCAUGGAUGCUGUGCUGCGGUCGGGUCUCCCAGCUGAUUCUCUGCCUGUUUUCCCGGAGACCGGCCUCUACCACCGCAUUCGCUCCCUGUUUGAGGUUGCCGUGGUGACAGAACAUGGUGCUCACUGCCCUCUGCUGUGGAGACGCUACAUCAGCUUCAUGGUGUGUAACGGAGAUGUAGAGAGAGGAAGAGGAAUUUUCUACAGAGCCCUACAGCAUGUCCCCUGGGUGAAAGUGCUGUACAUGGACGCUGUGAGUUUAUUUCCUGACCGGCUGCAGGAGUUUUUGGAUCUGCUGACUGAGAAGGAGCUGAGGUUGCGGACCCCAAUGGAGGAGCUGGACAUCUUGCUGGAGGACUAAAGAUCUUCCCACAAUGCACUGCACCUCCACCUGCCUGUGUUUAUUUAUCAGACAAUAUAUUUUUUUAUUUUUUGGGAAAAAAACACAUUAGGAAUAAGUUUAUAAUAAUAAUAAUAAAUGUGAAAUUACUUAUUCUGAGGAAAAGCA